AGCACUGCACACAACGCUCCAUUUUAAAAAAAACCGUUCAUAGCGUCGCAUUGAGUUUUCUUGUCGGUGCAAAAAGUGUUUUUAAAGUACAACAAGACUUCCCCACACAGAAACGCUAACAACAUGACUUCCACUGAACUGAAAAUUGGUCUUAACGCCAGCGCCCGUCCAUCCAGCCGUGUACUGAAGCCUCCAGGCGGCGGUCAUACAAACAUUUUCUCUGAACCUGAGGUGGCCGUCAAUGCGCCGCGUCCUAAAUACAACCAGCAAAACUCUUCCAAUCUGAAUGCUUGCAUGGGUUCAACCGAUGCCAACAUUGUGGUGGAAAAGCUGCGCGAGGAGGUGCCGGUGCAAAAGGAGGAGCCGAAAGCAGCACCUGCAAGCCAGAACAAAGGAACCACAAAUGGCAGCAACUCGACAAAUGAGCCUCGUGGACGUGUGCCACCAGGCGGUUACUCAUCGGGUGGCUUCUGGUAGACAAGGCAGAGGCGCAGAAGCCUUGGCUGGGGUAGCUGUCUGACUGCCACGCAUUUACUAAUACCAACACACCUACAUACAUACAGACGCCAAAACAUCCUCAAGCCCAUAAAUGCAUACAUCUAUAAAUAUAAAUCGCUUAAAACAUAUAUACACUUAUAUAGCCUAUACAAAUCAUACAUAACAUAUACAUAAAUUCAUUGGCUAAAUGUUGAUACGAUUUCAUAUGCAAAUUAUGUGAUUUUAUUGCAUAAUUCACCGCCUUCUCACCUGCGCUCUCUAUCGCUCUUUCUAUUUCUAUCUUUUUUGUGGUAUUUGUUUUUGUAUUACUAAGCAAAAUGUUUGAUAACGUCUAACGCAAUAGUUUAAACUUUAAGUGACUCGCGAUUCCGCCCUGAACAUAAACAACCACGAUAAAAUUUAUAACUUUACGAAUGGAUAUUAAAUAAAUUUGUACUUAAGUGUCGCAAUUGCAAAAUUAAACUGAUAAACUGUAAAAUUUGCUUAUCAUUCCCCUCUAUUUGUGUAUUUCUCAACAAAAACCUAUUAAAA